UAGUAGUAGGCCCGAAGGAUUCAAAAGCUCGAUGAAUUCCGCCAUGCUUUCGGGUUUGGGGGGUCGGUUCCCUCAUGUUUCUAUCGACCAACGAAGCCAAGCAACAACAACAUGAAGGUCCCAAAGUCACUCACUGCCGUGAGCCUGCUGGGGUGUCAAUUCCCUUCGUUAGGAUCAUGCCAAGAUACCGUGGAUUGGAUUUCCGUCGGCGAUGGUCCAUCGUUCACUCUGUCCUCGUCCAACAUCUCCUACCAAUUCCACGUUGACCCCUUAACGCUGGACCUGAUCCACGACCACUGGGGCAGCUACGCCGCCGAGACCGUCCCCGACUUCGACGGCGUGACCUCCGGCUGGGGCGGCCCCUACACCUACAGCCGCCGCGAGUUUCCCGACCUCGGCCGCGGAGACUUCCGCGUGCCCGCGAUCCACAUCCAGCACGCCGACGGGAACACCGUGUCGGCCUUCUCCUACGUAGGCCACGACGUGAGCUCCGGCAAGCCGGCUCUGCCCGGCCUGCCCGCCACGUACGGCAGCGAGGUGGACGUGUCGACGCUGAUCGUCCACAUGUACGACAACUACUCGGACGUCUCCGCGGACCUGCACUACUCCAUCUUCCCGAAGUACAACGCUGUGGUCCGCAGCUUCAGCAUCACGAACAACGGGACCGAGGACAUCACGGUGCUGCGAGCGAGCAGCUGGAGCAUCGACAUGCCGAACGAGGAGCUGGAGAUGAUUGACCUCCACGGCGAUUGGGCCGCCGAGGCGCGUAUCAAUCGACGAUCGGUCGUCUUCGGAGAGCAAGGUUUCCGCUCAUCAGCAGGAUACUCGUCGCAUUUCCACAACCCUUUCCUAGCCCUCACGUCUCCGAGCACUACCGAGUCGCUCGGCCCAGCAACAGGGUACAACCUAGUGUACACGGGUUCGUUCUCCGCCGAUGUCGAGCGCUGGUCAACCGGUUGGGUCCGAGUUCUCCUCGGUCUUAACCCGCUGCAUCUCUCGUGGCCCGUUGCCCCGGGCGAGACCUUCACCUCCCCCGAGGUAGUCUCCGUCUUCUCGGAACAGGGGCUCGGCGGGAUGUCGCGAUCCUUCCACUCGCUCUACAGAAACCAUCUGUCCCGAUCCAACCACACUGCCGAGACGAGGCCACCCUUGUUGAACUCGUGGGAGGGUCUCGGCUUUGACUUCAACCAGUCGUCCAUGGUCAAGCUUGCCCAGGACGCUGCGGGGCUCGGCUGCACUCUGUUCGUGAACGACGAUGGCUGGUUCGGCACGGAUUACCCACGAAACAACGACAGCCUGGGCCUGGGAGACUGGACGCCCAACCCGGCCAAGUUUCCCGACGGCCUCACUCCGUACAUCGAGCAGGUAGACAACAUCACGAUCGGCAACUCCUCCGAGCACAUGCAGUUUGGGUUGUGGGUUGAGCCUGAGAUGGUCAACCCCGACUCCGACCUCUACCGGGAGCAUCCCGACUGGUGUAUGCACUCGGGCAGCCACAACCGCACCCUCCAAAGAAACCAGCUUGUCCUGAACUUGGGCCUUCCGGAGGUGCAGGAGUACAUCAUCACCGUCAUAGAACGAAUCCUCGACUCCGGCCCGAUCGGAUACAUCAAAUGGGACAACAAUCGUGGCAUCCACGAAAUGUCGUCCCCGGCGGCAAGCCACGCGUACAUACUAGGACUCUACAGUGUCAUCGACAACCUGACGACCACCCACCCCGAGAUCCUCUGGGAAGGCUGCGCAUCCGGGGGCGCAAGAUUCGACCCUGGCCUGCUCCACUACUGGCCCCAGAGCUGGACGAGCGACAACACCGACGGCCUGGAGCGUCUGUACAUCCAAUUCGGCACGUCGCUGCCCUACCCGCCCUCGUCCAUGGGCUGCCACGUCAGCGCCGUCCCCAACCACCAGACCGGCCGCACCACGCCGCUGGCUUUCCGAGCCGCCGUGGCCUCCAUGUGCGGAUCGUUCGGCUUCGAGCUCGACCCGUCCACGCUGGAGCAGGAGGAGCGCGACGCGAUCCCGUCUCUGAUCGCCACCCAGCAGAAGAUCAACCCGAUCGUGAUCAACGGCGACUUCUACCGCCUCGCUCUUCCGGACCAGUCCAACUGGCCGGCGGCCAUGUUCGUCUCGCCCGAGCUCGACUCCGCCGUGCUCUUCGCGUUCCAGGUCCGGUCCGCCCUGAAGCCGCUCCCGCCCCCGCUGAAGUUGCAGGGACUGGACACCAAUGCCAAGUACACGGUUAGCAACGGGACUUGGGAGCAGAGCUGGUCGGGAUCGACGCUGAUGAAUAUCGGACUGAGCCUGGCUUGGCCCAGCUCUGAUUAUGAAAGCUUCGUCUUGACACUUGACAAAGAAUAAGCGAGAUAGAACUAGUAGGUAGUUUGGUUCACAUAAAUAUUAUAUAUACCAGGUACAACUUACCAAGUAUUGCUCAAUAAUAAAAGAAUAGCUCCAGACGAAAGAUGAAA